AUGCACUUUCUUCUAAGGGUCUGCUGCUGGCUGUACUGCCAGCUCUCGGCGCUGCACAGGGCUCCCCAGUCCAAGGGGCCUGAAGAAACACGAAGGCUGGGAUUCAAGGCUAAGCAAAGUUAUAUCAUUUACAGGGUUCGUGUCCUCUGUGGUGGUCGCAAACGCCCUGUUUCUAAGGGUGUAAUUUAUAGCAAGCCUUCCCACCAUGGUUAUAACCAGCUAAAAUUUGCCCGAGGCCUUCAGUCUAUUGCUGAGGAGAGAGCUGGGUGCCACUGUGAGGCGUUGAGAGCCCUGAAUUCCUACUGGGUUGGUGAAGAUUCCAUAUGUAAAUGUUUUGACGUUGUCCUCAUUGAUCUAGUCCAUAAAGCUAUCAGAAGAAAUCCUGACAUCCAGUGCAUCACCUAA